AUUCUGAGGUGCAGGGGGUAGCUGAACCACUCUAGCCUGGGACUGCUAGGAAGGUUGCGGGUCCGCCCGGCCGAGCCGAACGAGGGAAAUGGUCCUUAUCCGGCCACUCGCCGGUUGAAAAGGGGCCGCCCUGGCAGGGAAGCGGCAGCCGCGGCGCGGUGCAGCGGCGAGAAGGGGUGCGUUAUCGCUUUGCCCUGCUGCUGAAUGUCCGUCCCGGAGGAGGAGAGGCUUUUGCCGCUGACCCAGAGAUGGCCCCGAGCGAGCAAGUUCCUACUGUCCGGCUGCGCGGCUACCGUGGCCGAGCUAGCAACCUUUCCCCUGGAUCUCACAAAAACUCGACUCCAAAUGCAAGGAGAAGCAGCUCUUGCUCGGUUGGGAGACGGUGCAAGAGAAUCUGCCCCCUAUAGGGGAAUGGUGCGCACAGCCCUAGGGAUCAUUCAAGAGGAGGGCUUUCUAAAGCUUUGGCAAGGAGUGACACCGGCCAUUUACAGACACGUAGUGUACUCCGGAGGUCGAAUGGUCACAUAUGAACAUCUCCGAGAGGUUGUGUUUGGCAAGAGUGAAGAUGAGCAUUAUCCCCUUUGGAAAUCAGUCAUUGGAGGGAUGAUGGCUGGUGUUAUUGGCCAGUUUUUAGCCAAUCCAACCGACCUAGUGAAAGUUCAGAUGCAAAUGGAAGGAAAAAGGAAACUGGAAGGAAAACCAUUGCGAUUUCGUGGUGUACAUCAUGCAUUUGCAAAAAUCUUAGCUGAAGGAGGAAUACGUGGGCUGUGGGCAGGCUGGGUACCCAAUAUACAAAGAGCAGCACUGGUGAAUAUGGGAGAUUUAACCACUUACGAUACAGUGAAACACUACUUGGUAUUGAAUACACCACUUGAGGACAAUAUCAUGACUCAUGGUUUAUCAAGUUUAUGUUCUGGACUGGUAGCUUCUAUUCUGGGAACACCAGCCGAUGUCAUCAAAAGCAGAAUAAUGAAUCAACCACGAGAUAAACAAGGAAGGGGACUUCUGUAUAAAUCAUCAACUGACUGCUUGAUUCAGGCAGUUCAAGGUGAAGGAUUCAUGAGUCUAUAUAAAGGCUUUUUACCAUCUUGGCUGAGAAUGACCCCUUGGUCAAUGGUGUUCUGGCUUACUUAUGAAAAAAUCAGAGAGAUGAGUGGAGUCAGUCCAUUUUAAACCCCUAAAGAUGCAGCCCUUAAAGAUACAGUGUUCAGUAUUAUUGAAAUAUGGGCAUCUGCAACACAUACCCCCUAUUAUUUCUACCUCUUUAGGAAGACACCUAUUCCACAGAGACUGAUUUAUAGGGGGCAGCACUUUAUUUUUUUUUCUGGAAACCCAAGUUCUCUUUGACUCCUCUUUUUGUCCAAAAGUGAUCUGGUCGGAUCUCACAAGGCCAUCCAAUGAGACCCCGCACAGCAUUUUCUCAAGAAGAAUCGAAGCCUGACCACUUUCACCUUGGGCAAGAAGGUUUGGCCUUUGAGUUGCUAUUCUAUGCUGAAGAGCCUGCUUAGAGGAGGAGUACCAGGAAGGAGCCAGCAUCUCAGAUCUGAAGUAGAUGAUAAGAAUGUGGAAAAACACAUACGUAGUGCUUAAGAAAUACAUUUAACCUGUUAUGUCAGUAUUUAUAAUUGAAGUUUGAUAAUUCACUUUUCUGUCAUUGUUAAAUUGUACAUAUUGUAAAUUAAAGGGAGGUGAAUGGAAAUUAAUAAACAUUUUGAGUUUCCCUAGUAUUGAA